AUGUUCUAUGUAGGUGGAUCUUCCUGGUGCCCCAGUCCCCUGGACUGUGCCCUUCAGUGUCGCAACCCCUGUCCUGCUGGGUCACAGGACUGUGGUCCCUGCCUACCCGGGUACCAAGAGGACGGUGAUGAGAAGUGUUCACUCACGGGACACCAGAGGCACGAUGGAGGGAAACCAGCCACUGAGGGCCCUGCUGAUGUCGAUGGCCUAUUCCACUCACUGUUGGCCCAGUGGGAGAAGAUCGCACCUCCAAUGAGCGCCACUCCCCUUGGACCCGGCCCCAAGCCCACCGACACCAGCCAAACGGCCAGCCUCAGCAGCUCACCGGGAGCCCACCAGAGCACCGAGGAACCCUGGGCCACGAUGAAGACCACACCAGACACUCGCCCUGUGACAGGGAGGGAUGGGAGCAAGAGGCUGUCACGGCUGCUGAAUGAUGUGGUCUCACUGACUCUGAUUAUCAUCUGCACAGUGACAGGUCUCUUCGGGCUGGUUGUGGCUGCUUUAUGUUGGUAUCGGUUGCAGAAGGAGGUGAGACUGUCAGAGAAGAUGGUCUACGAAGGAGUACAGCAGCCAUUACCCCCGUUUGUCGACAGGAGGAUUGCUGAAAAGCUUCAGAGGACCCACUACCAGCACCAGAAGAAAGUCCUCCAGGCCCUGACGGAGUGA